AUGGCCGCCCCGAUGGACGUGCACUUGCAUGCCGGUGGAACCGACGCGGAGCCCAAGCUGGUCAAUCGACUGCACCAUAGUCGAUCCCCAUAUGUUAGGGGCCACAUGGAUAAUCCUGUCGCUUGGCAGUUAUGGGAUGCCGAGUCGAUUGAUUUGGCCCGGCGACAUAAUCGACUCAUCUUUCUGAGCAUCGGAUACUCGGCAUGUCACUGGUGUCAUGUUAUGGAAAAGGAAUCGUUCAUGUCGCCAGAAGUGGCGUCGAUUUUAAACGAAUCUUUCAUUCCCAUCAAGGUUGACCGUGAGGAGCGACCGGAUAUCGAUGAUGUUUACAUGAAUUACGUCCAAGCAACCACCGGCUCGGGCGGCUGGCCGCUGAAUGUCUUUCUCACUCCAGACCUUGAGCCGGUGUUUGGCGGCACCUACUGGCCGGGUCCCAGCUCCUCUAGCUUACCCGGGAAUGAGACUAUUGGAUUUAUUGAUAUCCUGGAUAAGCUCCGAGAGGUCUGGGAAACCCAACAGCUACGGUGUCGCGAGAGCGCGAAAGAAAUCACGAAACAGCUUCGGGAGUUUGCCGAAGAAGGAACGCAUACGUACCAGGGGGACCGACCGUCGGACGAGGACUUGGAUAUUGAGCUUUUAGAGGAGGCUUAUCAACACUUUGUUUCGCGAUACGAUCCCGUACAUGGAGGAUUCUCCCGGUCCCCAAAAUUUCCGACACCUACGAACUUGAGCUUCUUGCUCCGUCUGGGAACUUAUCCAGCCGCCGUAUCGGAUGUUGUUGGGCAAGAGGAAUGCGAGAGGGCUACCGCGAUGGCAGUCAAUACGCUUAUCAACAUGGCGCGCGGGGGGAUCCGAGACCACAUAGGCCACGGUUUUGCACGGUACAGUGUCACGUCGAACUGGCUGUUGCCUCACUUUGAAAAAAUGCUUUAUGACCAAGCCCAGCUCUUGGACGUCUAUGUCGAUGCAUUCAAAGUUACGCAUAACCCCGAACUGCUAGGUGCUGUCUAUGACUUGGCUACGUACUUGACAAGUAGUCCUAUCCAAUCGCCAGCGGGUGCAUUUCACUCCUCCGAAGACGCCGACAGUCUUCCAACACCGAAUGACACGGAGAAGCGAGAAGGCGCGUUCUAUGUCUGGACCUUGAAGGAACUCACACAGGUGCUUGGCCAGCGAGAUGCGCAAGUAUGUGCUCGCCAUUGGGGUGUUCUCUCUGACGGGAAUAUUGCCCCGGAAAAUGACCCGCACGACGAAUUCAUGAACCAGAAUGUAUUAUCGGUCAAAGUCACGCCUAGCAAGUUGGCUCGAGACUUUGGUCUCGGGGAGGACGAAGUGGUGAAAAUCAUUCGAUCUGCUAAGCAGAAGCUUUGCGAAUACCGGGAGAGAACCCGAGUGCGACCGGACUUGGACGACAAAGUCAUUGUUGCGUGGAAUGGCUUGGCCAUUGGAGCACUCGCCAAGUGCAGUGCACUUUUUGAACAAAUCGAAAGCUCCAAAGCGCUCCAAUGCCGGGAUGCUGCAGUCAAGGCGGCGAACUUCAUCAAGAACACUCUUUUCGACAAACCCACCGGAAAACUUUGGCGUGUCUACCGCGAUGGGGCGAGGGGCGACACCCCCGGAUUUGCUGACGACUACGCCUAUCUUAUUUCUGGCCUGUUGGACCUGUACGAGACCACUUUCGAUGACAGCUACCUGCAGUUUGCCGAGCAAUUACAAAAAUAUCUGAAUCAAGAAUUUAUGGCGUAUGCUGGAUCGACGCCAGCGGGAUACUACAGUACACCUUCCACGCCAACACCAGGCAUGCCUGGCCCUCUACUCCGAUUAAAGACGGGGACCGAGUCGGCCACGCCGUCAGUGAACGGCGUCAUUGCUCGCAAUUUACUUCGCCUCGCAAAUUUACUCGAAGACGAGGGAUAUCGCACACUCUCGCGCCAAACGUGCCAUUCAUUUGCCGUUGAAAUUCUUCAGCACCCAUUCCUUUUCGUCGGCUUACUAGACGCAAUCGUCGGCCUAGAAGCCGGGUCACGCAACAUCACAGGCGUGUUCAGCACCGCUGUCAUCACUACUGCCCCUCAAUCAUCAUCUAGUCUUCUCAGCAAAUCAGAGGAGCCGACCUCGGUACGAGAUUUGCUUGUGCAAAAGAUCCGGUCAGAAGCCGGGCCCGCGUUAUCUACGUCAACCACCACUGCUUCUCUCGUUGAUAUCCGCCCGUCACGUGUGGGCGAUUUUGUCGGCAAUCCCUCUUUCUGGCUGAGGAGCCGAAAUCCCCUGUUCAAGGAUCUCAAACCGUCGGACCCAGCCAAGAAUUACUUGCUCAUUUGCGAAGGGGGAACGUGCAGGACGGUGGAUAUCUAA